AUGAACGUAAACACUCAUCACAAUGAAAGCGUGAGGCGCAUGUUGUCCUGUGGUUCUGCCACUGCUGGUAAAAUGAAGAACAAGAGAGCAAGCAUCAAGUUCAGUGCCAACAGUUUCAUUACACAAUGCAAUGGUUGCUUCUUUGACUACUACGACGUCGUUGAGUUGCUUGGCGAAGGUGCAUACGGCGAAGUUUUCACCUGCCGACACAAGGAAUCUGGGGAACUGCGAGCCGUGAAGAUUCUGGAUGUAUCUGACAGCCGGCAGGCAAGUCUCGUUCUGAACGAGUUCAAUGUUCUGCGAGGCAUUGAUCACCCAAAUCUUCUAAAGAUCUACCAUCUCUAUGAAGAUGUCGAAGAAGAAACGUGCUACAUUGUCUCCAGUCUCUAUGAAGGCGGUGAACUAUUUGAUGAGAUUGAGGAAUGGGGGAACCUCUCAGAGCAGAGUACUGCCGUCAUCAUGAACCAAUUGCUUUCUUGCGUCAACUAUUGCCACUCCAAUGGCAUUGUUCAUCGUGACCUCAAACCCGAAAAUAUCCUCAUGGCAGAUGAGAACAUGCAUUUGGAAGAUAUCAAAGUCAUCGAUUUCGGCUUGGCCGCAACCUUCGAUGAUUACGAGAACGACCGGUUUACUGACAAGGUCGGAAGCGCUUACUACAUCGCCCCUGAGAUUCUGAACGGCUCAUAUGGUCCAAAGUGCGAUGUGUGGAGUGCCGGUGUCAUCGCGUUCGUGCUCCUGUCCGGCGAUGCUCCCUUUUACGGAGAAACUGAGGCCGAGGUGCUGAAAAUGGUAGUUAAGGGUAAAUACUCAUUCGAAGAGAACGAAAUCUGGGAAGAAAUCUCGAUAGAGGCUCAAGAGUUUGUGGCAUGGCUGCUCACCUUCGAUGAGGCAAAGCGACCCACAGCCAAAGAAGCUUUGAGCCAUCCCUGGUUGAAGAAGACACGACGAAUCUCAUCGUUGCAGCAAAGAAAGUCCAAGACUUCGAUGAAGUCGUUGUCAAAUCUUGAGCUUUUCUCAGCAGAGUCAAAGUUGAAGCAGGCCGUCUACGCGUUUAUCUCGGGCCAAUUGAUCAUGGCUAACGAGAAGGAGGAAAUUGAUGAGCUCUUUCGAGCCUUGGAUACAAACUGUGAUGGGAAACUAACCAACGAUGAGCUGAAACAAGGAUACAAGGACCUCUUGGGCAGAGACCUUAGUGAACAGGAGCUCGAGGACAUCUCUGGCCGUGUCAACUUUUCUGGAGGUGGCGCUAUAACAUACAGUGAGUUUGUGGUUGCAUCCAUGAUGUCAUCGCGAAUUCUGGACGACGGCAGGUUGCGAGCAGCCUUUUCCGAGUUCGACAGAGAUGGCAGUGGUGUUCUCACAGCUGAUGACCUUUGUGAAGCCCUAGACCUCGCAAAGGAAGAUGAAGCCACGAAAGACUUGCUAGACAAGAUCAUGGACCAAAUCGACACCGACAAAGACGGUUCAAUUUCAUACGAAGAAUUCAAGCGAGCUAUGCUUUCGCCAUCCUGCAAUAGUGAGAUGUCCACAGAGAAGAGACGGCCCGGGAAAAAGCAGUUUACCUCCAGGAGGUCUUGGUGUGUCAAAGUAGUCGAGGAGCCAGUUGGUUCUCACCCGGAGAAAUCUUUUGAACUAAGGAAAAGCCAAAGCCUUGCCUUGGAUGGUUUGUUUCGACGACUUGUGUCAUCUCUGUCCAACGCUGGGAGCAGGCGCCUGGAAAACACCCCAGCCGCUUAA